CAACAGGGAACCACAUCUACCACAGUAUCCGUAGAUGCUUCUGGAACAAGAUCAUCCAAAAGAGCCAUCAAGAGAAAACAAAGUUCGUCUCAAGCCCCAGUCUCCAAUGUCAGGUCUCCAAGAGGUGCUUUAACCAACAUUGCAGGGACGUUGGUGCAGUUCAUAAUGUACACAUCUAAAAAGAAAAAGCCAAUUAUGAAAGCUGAUAUGCUGAAAAUUAUACCUAAAAAGUACCAAAAAGAUUUCCUUGAGAUUCUUAGAAGAGCUGCUUUCAACAUAGAGGUGGUUUUUGGUGUUGACCUGAAGGAAGUUGAUUCUACCAAGCACUCCUACGCUCUUGUCAGCAAAAUGAAUCUCCCCAACAAUGGGAUAUUGAAUCGUAGCAGGGGGCUUCCCCAGACAGGUCUCCUGAUGAAUAUCUUGGCUGUGAUCUUUCUGAAGGGCAACAGUGCUUCUGAGGAAAAGCUCUGGGAAUUCCUGAAUAAGAUGAAGGUGUUUGCUGGAAAGAGACACUUCUUAUUUGGGGAGCCCAGGAAGCUCAUCACCAAAGACUUUGUGAAGCUUAAAUACCUGGAGUACCGCCAGGUUCCCAACAGUGAUCCUGCAUGCUACGAGUUCCUGUGGGGUCCCAGAGCCUAUGCUGAAACCAGCAAGAUGAAAGUCCUGGAGUUUUUGGCCAAGAUCCACAACACAGUGCCCAGUGCCUUCCCAGCCAGGUACGAAGAGGCAUUGAGAGAUGAGAGGGAGCGUGCUGAAGCCAGAGACACUUAGUGAUAGCAAGCAGAAUGUGCCAGGGUCAUGUUUGGCAGCUCCUCCCACACCUAGGAAAGUUUAGUCCAAUUCUUCACUUUGUAGUUAAGAGCAAGCAGUCACUGUUCCAAACAGUAGAGGUCUGGAUGUGAUUUAAGGGAACGCAGUGUCUCAUGAUUUUAUGUUCUUGUUCUGUCUGGGUAAUUUGGAGAUUUAUCUUAUUUUCUUGAUAUUUUUUCAGAGGUUCCUUUUGUACAGAAUUAUCUAAGUUCAUGGAUUGUAUUGAUCACACUGGUUUAUAAUGUAUAAUCGUGAAAGUUUUGAAAAAAGUCCAUCUUUUUUAGUGAUCUGCAAGAUUAUGUAGAACUGGAAUAAGGAUUUUCUUGAAAAUGUGAAAAAAAUCAGCUAUAUAGAUUUG